AUGGCAUCGUCCAUGGAUAUCCAAAUCCUUGAAAGUGAUUCAGAUAUGGAAGAUUCAAGAAGAAAAUGUACUUAAUAGCUCUAAUAACGUUUUUCCAUUCCCUAAAUUUGAAAAAUUUUUUAAAAUAAAUAUUAAAACAAAAUCUGGAUUCAAAUUCAUGUGCUUAAAAUGUAAAAAAAAUAUAUCAUCAAAUCAAUCGAGUAGCUAUAACCUGAAGAAACACCUAAAGACUCUUCACGCCAAUUGCUAUAAGGAAAUAGAGAAACAUAUAAAAAAUUUUGGUAUAGGAGAAUCUUCAUUCAAAAAGACAAAUACUAUCCAAAUCAAAUUAACUGAUAAUAAAAAUGCCAAUAUUUCACAAAAAUUGGCUGAUAAAGUUAUUGUUGAUUUUAUUAUUGACACAGUUCAGCCAGUGUCUUUGGUUGAUAAUACAUCAUUUACUCUGAUGAUCAAAACUUUAUCCCCUGGCACAGCAGUUUUAUGUCGCCAGACACUUAUGAAUAAAAUAGCCGACAACUUCAAAGUGAUGAAAGAUGCUUUAAUAGUAGAGUUAUCAUAUAUAUCUUAUGUAUGUACCACGGCAGAUAGUUGGACACAUAACAGAAGAGCUUAUUUGGGAAUCACAGGCCAUUGGUUAGACCCUAGGACUUUAAAAAGAAGAUCUGUAGCCUUAGCCCUUAAAAGGAUUAUAGGAUGCCAGACAUAUGACGUACUUGCAAAUAAAAUUAUUGACAUCCACAAGUCUUUUAGGAUUCAUAAUAAAGUUUGCAAGAUGGUUACUGAUAAUGGGUCUAACUACCUGAAGGCAUUUAGGCUAAUGGCGAAGCUGGAUAAUCUUACUCCAACAAACAUAGAUUGCUGAGUAUCUACCACGA